AUGGCACCAACACCGGCAUCACCAGCAGACCAUAAUCGAUCUCAGGUACUGGAGGUCAAUCCCAGAAGCUACAUGAAUCCACUACUGCUCUUGCGAGUCCUUCUUCUGUUGCUCUUGUCCGACAUAAUCGUUUCACACUCCAUCAUCAAGAGUCUACCGGGCUUUACCGGUGAUCUUCCAUUUCAACUUGAAACUGG